AUGGCUGACAGAUGGUGCGAAACGUUCGGAGAACAGCGUGGGACAAGGCUGCAGUUUGAGACCUUCAACUUGUAUCAUGCGAAUCAUUGGAUCAUCAAACCAGCCACCGACGGCUAUGCGAAAAAGGGCUGCAGCAUGGUUGAGAUCAUGGCGAUUCAAGUGCAGAGACCUCACUGGUUUGAGCCUGUUUGUAAGUUUCUGGCCUGCUUGGAGCAGCAUGCUCUGGUGCGAGAACUCUCAAGCAGUACAUUCUAUUGGGUCUGUGCAUAUGCCAACAACCAGCACUGCGUGGAAGAGGAUAUCAAAAGCAACCCACGCAGCACUUCAUUCUACAGAGCUAUGCAGAUGUCUGAGGGAGUUCUUUUGGUGCUGGAUUCAGCUGGAACGCCUUUCGGUUUCAGCUGGUCUCAAAACACCAUGGCCGAAACCGGGAGACGCGAUGCGACACUCACACUACGCAGGGCUGACAAGGCGAAGCGCGGGGCUGCCAAGUUGGACAGCGAGGCAGCUGAAGUGGACGCCACCUCGUUGUCGCACUAUGUUGGAACAGAGUUGUUAGAGAGAUCCUUUAGGAUUCGCUGCCUCAUGUCGGUUUCUGUGGAUAUUCCUGGACAUGGUUACUUAGAUAUCAAACUGACUGCGACGAGCACCGCUGCUGACAUUAUUUUACUGCUACGUGAGCGUUUGCCAGACAGCCCAUGGCAUGGGAACAAGUUGCUGUCAAGUGGGGUCUGCCAGCUACAGUGCGAUGACAUUGUGGAGGCAACCCGCCACAGCACUUUAAUCUUGACAAACUACUCAGAGAUCACCAACCAGGAGGCUUUCUGCAUCGAAGAUACUGCAGAGCGAGGGAUCACUCGCGAGCAAUUGGCAAAGAUCGUUGUUUUCAUCUCCAAGAUGGCUGACAGAUGGUGCGACGGCUAUGCGAAAAAGGGCUGCAGCAUGGUAGAGCUCAUGGCGAUUCAAGUUCAGAGACCUCAUUGGUUUGUGUCACAUGCUUGGAUCGAGCCUGUUUGUAAGUUUCUGGCCUGCUUGGAGCAGCAUGCUCUGGUGCGAGAACUCUCAAGCAGUACAUUCUAUUGGGUCUGUGCAUAUGCCAAUAACCAGCACUGCGUGGAAGAGGAUAUCAAAAGCAACCCACGCAGCACUUCAUUCUACAGAGCUAUGCAGAUGUCUGAGGGAGUUCUUUUGUCCAAGGUGGCAGUGGCACCUGGCGCGCAACUGGAGAGACGUUCGCAAGACACCGAGGCAUCGGAAUGUCCAGUCGAAGUCAUCACAUGUAUCAAAGUCUUCAGUCGAAGUCUUCAUGAAAAAUUCACUGCAGCGGCUCGAAUGCCCAGCACUGCGCGAUUGACGAGUUUCGAGAGUCGUGGGGUGAGGACGCUGCAUCGGCUGCUGUCCUUGGAAUUAUUGGAGAAAGUGUUCGUUGCCCUGUUCCCUUUGGGUUCGGGGCAAAGCCAACUUGAUGCCCCCGAUCUUGGCGCAACAGAGACUUUCUGCAUCAAAGAUACUGCAGAGCGAGGGAUCACUCGCGAGCAAUUGGCAAAGAUCGUUGUUUUCAUCUCCAAGAUGGCUGACAGAUGGUGCGACGGCUAUGCGAAAAAGGGCUGCAGCAUGGUUGAGAUCAUGGCGAUUCAAGUGCAGAGACCUCAGUGGUUUGUGUCACAUGCUUGGAGCGAACCAGUGUACAAGUUUCUGGCCUGCUUGGAGCAGCAUGCUCUGGUGCGAGAAUUGUCAAGCAGUACGUUCUAUUGGGUCUGUGCUUAUGCCAACAACCAACACUCUGUGGAUGAAGACAUCAAAAAAAACCCGCGCAGCACAUCUUUCUACAGGGCCAUGCAGAAGUCUGAGGGAGUUCUCUUGGUGCUGGAUUCGGCUGGAAAGCCUUUCGGUCUUAGCAACUUGCGGGUGCUGAACCUGAUGUCCAACAGGUCCAAGGUGGCAGUGGCACCUGGCGCGCAACUGGAGAGACGUUCGCACACCGAGGCAUCGGAAUGUCCAGUCGAAGUCAUCACAGGUAUCAAAGUCUGCAGUCGAAGUCUUCAUGAAAAACUCACUGCGGCAGCGGCUCGAAUGCCCAGCACUGCGCGAUUGACGAGUUUCGAGAGUCGUGGGGUGAGGUGCAUUUUGCCAGCAACUCUGCCAGAGGACGCCACGUCAGUCGUUUGGUUGUUUUUGCCCCUCUGGCGUUUUCUCAAGACGGACUUGUACCGCAUUUGCACUGUGCGGAUUCGCUGCCUCAUGUCGGUCUCUGUGGAUAUUCCUGGACAUGGUCACUUUGAUAUCAAACUGACUGCUUCGAGCACCGCUGCUGACAUUAUUUUACUGCUACGUGAGCGUUUGCCAGACAGCCCAUGGCAUGGGAACAAGUUGCUGUCAAGUGGGGUCUGCCAGCUGCAGUGCGAUGACAUUGUGGAGGCAACCCACCACAGCACGGUGGUCUUGACAAACUACUCAGAGAUCACCAGCCAGGACGGCUAUGCGAAAAAGGGCUGCAGCAUGGUAGAGCUCAUGGCGAUUCAAGUGCAGAGACCUCAUUGGUUUGUGUCACAUGCUUGGAUCGAGCCUGUUUGUAAGUUUCUGGCCUGCUUGGAGCAGCAUGCUCUGGUGCGAGAACUUUCAAGCAGUACAUUCUAUUGGGUCUGUGCAUAUGCCAAUAACCAGAUUUGGUGCUGCUUCGAGGAG